AUGAGGUUUUUGAGAAACGUCAACAAGCAUGUUAACCUGUUUGGUUGGUCGUUGUCGGUUGAGUAUGUUGAUGAGGUUGUCGUUGUCGUUUGGGAAAUGCAUGCUGAUCUCUUGAUGGUUUUGGAAUAUGAUAACAAUAGUUCAAGGGAUGUAGUCAUUGGAUCUAAGGUCUACUUGCUCAAGAUAAAUACUGAUUAUUCUACUAAUAGGGUGGAUAAUGAUGGAGAAGUGUUUUACAAGAAACAUGGUGAGGGAAAGAACUUUACAAGAAUGAAAGAGGGAGAUGAAGACAGACUCACCCUUGAAGCCAAAAUUGAGUCCUACCAGAAUAUUCCACCAAGAUUUGGUGAUAUUAUAGAAGAUAUAAGAGGAAAUCAUAACUGGUCUAAUAUACCUCUGCAAGAUGGUACUCCCAUCGGAGACACCAAUCUUGGACCAGAGAAAGCAGAAGCCCUGGCGGCUAAGCGGUUUGGUGACAUUUCUCAAGUUCAUUUCCUUUGUCCAAACGCAAGAUACGUGCUUCCUUACAAAAUGUGA